CAAUAAGUGGACCUUUAUCUCGAGAGGCCUGGAGUUUACAUCAGUGAGAACAGUUUCACAAGGAACCACUUCCAUCUUCCAGUUAUUUUUUUACUGCAUAGCUAUCCAAGAUGAAGCUAAUCCUGAAAAUCUCCUUCACCUUCACACUGUUCUACACAGUAGCAGACACACUACAGUGCUACACUUGCGAGUCUGAUGAGUGCAGCGAAGCAGCGUUGGAGAUGUGUUCUGGGGGAGAGGUGUGUUCCACUAGGACAACAGUAUUUGGUGAUUUAGGCACCAGAGUCUCUAAGGAUUGCACAACGAGAGAGGAAACCUGUGUAUUCAUGGACGCAACAACAAGAACAUCAAUCAGUGGUGGAUACACACACACCUCCAACGCCGCGUACUGCUGCAGCACGGACGGCUGCAACAAGAAUACUCUCCCAGUGCUCAGUGACAAGCCCAAUCAUCUACAAUGUUACACCUGCAAGAGUAAAGGGGAUCAAGUCUGCAACACAGUUGUACAAUGUGUUGGAGUUGAAGACCACUGCUUCAAAUAUACAGUGCCCGUUGGUGAUGGAAGUAAUGAUGGACGACACCUGGGCUGUGCCUCUGCUGAUGUAUGCCGCUGGUCCGAGACAUCCCCCUCUACGCCUAACUUCAACUGUUGUGAAGGGAGUCUCUGUAACAAAGCCACGGGGAUUGGACUGAGCUCUCUCCCUCUUCUGCUGGGACUCCUCAUCUCACUGGUCUAGUUAGUGGGAGGAUUCAUGGUAAUCCCAACCGUUAAGAGUGAUGUGUGUCCACAAGAUCAGGAAACGUUGGAAGUUAAUUUGUUCGUAGAAAUUAGGAAGGAUGAUGAUUUGUAUAAGGCUUUUAAAAUAAAUAGUAAAAAGUAGGCCGUUUUAAUAUCUUUAAUUUGGCACUCUACUCUGUAGUGGGAUAUGAUUUUAACAUCACUGUAUUUUAUAAAUGCUUCUUAUCACUAUACCACUGCAGUGUAUGUUACAUAAUGUAUAGUACAAAGCUCAAGGUUGCACCCUUCGUCUCUCAUAGGGCCCGAUCAGGCCUUUCCUAUGCACUUCUCAGUAGUUGGUAUUCAGACUUACCUUAUGAAGGUGCAUAACGGGCCUUGCAGGUAUGGUUUCCUUGCGCACACUGAGUAAACAAAUGUAAUUCGGCUGCUGAAAACCCUCCCACUUGCUGGCCAAUAUAUUUUCUCACAGAGUUUUCAUUCAGUAGGGUUUUCAGUACAUUUAUCUUCAGCAAUUCCGUUAACUACAAUAUGUAACUUUUUGGGCGACUCGACCAAAUUCACAUAGACAUGUGAGUUAAAGAUCUUUCAUUCCCAUUGAAAGCAAGUCUAAGAAGCAGUAGAUCUGUUCUAUGUGUACUAUUUCUAUGCUUCCCGUUCUGAAGUUCCAUUUUUGCAUAAUUUAUUUUUGGUUUUGUACACCACUUUCAAACAGCUGAAUAUGCAAUAUCUUUGGUUAUGGAAAAUAUAUUUCACAGAGGUUUAGAUUGUACAAUGAUUAUUGUUAUCUCACAUUAACUGAAAUUCCGAGAACUAUUCGAUUUUUUGCAAACAGCAAAUGGCGGAGUGAUUUCUGCACAGGGUGUCUUUACGGUGUACUAGAGUACAUUGAGAGAAUGGGUUCAGAAAAUAGGAAUCAAUGAGGGAAAGCCAUCUAAAUAUAUGCAUAUUCAUUACCAUUUCAACAACAACUGGUAAAUGUAAAAAUACACUGAUCUUGUAGAUUAUGAAUCAUAACAAAACAGGUUUGGAGAGCCUUUAUGCACAAAAGACACUGAAUGUUUUUGCAUAAGGGUUGGACAAAGUGAACACCUUGUUUCCUGUUUCUUGUCAGAAUCUUGAGCCUCAUUUUGUUAAAAAAGUGGGGUAAUGACUGAUGGAAUAAUGUGCUUGUAUCCUUUUUUUAUUGACACUGAAUGUAUAAAACAUUAGGAAUACCUGCUCUUUCCAUGACAUAGACUGACCAGGUGAAUCCAGGGGAAAGCUGAU